CGGUCGGCGUUACUUCUCGCCACACGCUCGUACUUGACGUUCGGUUUGUGAUCCAUCUCGUUCCUCCUAUGGGUACUGCGUUCGCCUCCGACGCAACUGUCAUUGCUUGCCCCUUAGGACCCUGGAGACCCCAUCCAGGCGACUCCCGAUUGAAACGAACCACCGAGAGAGAUAUUCACAGAUAAAAGAAGGAAAACAUAGGUUAAGACGGAGCCCCAGCUUUCUCUGCCACGGCGGGCGAAUCACUAGUCGAGCGAGGCGCAGGUGAGUGAAGACGGCGAGGUGUGGCAAUCAGCGCUGCCCCCGCCCCCUGCCCCGGCCCGCGUCCCAUGCCAUCACCGACCCUCUCGGGCCACACAUAUAAGGGCGCCGCGGCUACCGCCCGUCACCAUUCCAGAGACAGCAGCUCUGACUAUUACUGCAUCUUAUAGGUGUGAUUAGAUUUAUUGUUCAGUGCAUAUUGCAACUUUGAUCAUUUGUUUCGGCAAGGAACGUUGAAAAUACAGAAACUUGUGCCAUAAUGGUGCCCUUCCGCAAGGUGCUCGGACCCGUGGUCCGUCUCCCCGUCAGCAAGACAGCUUCCUCCUCCUUCGAAAUUGUUCCUCGGAACACCCGCCUCUCCGUCGCGCCCUCAAGCAAGGCCUUCCCGCAUCUCCCCGACUCUUACGGGGAGCCGUGGUACUCCAGCAAGGGCAACAAGGGCGCCUCCCUGCGCGUCUCCUUCCUUGGCGCUUACCGAUCCUCCUUGUCCUCCGCCAACGUCGCCUUCGGGAGGUCCAUUGCCUCCUACCAGCGCCGUGCCUACAGCACCAAGAGCCACUGGUCCAGCCUACACCUGGACGCCUCUCGCUCCAUCUCGCGCAUCGAAGGCUCGCGGGCGGCCUUCCAGCACCGCCAGCAACUGCAGCACUCCCGCCGCAUCGUCGUCAAGCUCGGCUCGGCGGUCAUUACCCGACGGGAUGGCUACGGCCUCGCGCUCGGGCGGCUGGCGUCCAUCGUUGAGCAGGUGGCCGAACUGCAGAACGAAGGCCGCGAGAUGAUGAUGGUCACCUCCGGCGCCGUCGCCUUCGGAAAGCAGAAGAUGGCGCAGGAGCUCCUCAUGUCCCUGAGCAUGAGGGAGACGCUCUCCGGCAAGGACAACCUUCGCGGGGAGGAGGUGAAGAGCAUGCUGGCGCCGCGAGCGUCUGCCGCCGUGGGUCAGUCGGGCCUCAUGUCCCUCUAUGAAGCAAUGUUCGCCCAGUACGGCGUGAAGGUCGCGCAGAUCCUCAUCACGAAGCCAGAUUUCUACAACAACGAGACUCGCCAGAACCUCAUCUCCACCAUCAACGAGCUCAUCGCCCUCAACAUCCUGCCCAUCAUCAACACCAACGACGCUGUCACGCCUCCGCCCGACGUCGACGAGGAGGUGAGCCGCAAACUCGACAUCCGCGACAACGACUCCCUUGCCGCGCGCCUCGCCUCCGAGGUGGAGACGGACCUCCUGAUCCUCAUGACGGACGUCGACGGCAUCUUCAACAAGCCCCCCGGCGAGGAGGGAGCUCGUCUCAUCGAUAACUUCUCGCCAAAUAUGAUUUCCAGCCUGGAAUUCGGCGCCAAGUCGAACGUUGGCACUGGCGGCAUGGACUCCAAGGUGAAAGCCGCCAGCUGGGCCCUCGAGCGAGGCACCUCCGUGGUCAUCUGCAAUGGCCUGGCCCAAGGCGCCAUCAAGGGGAUCGUCCACGGCCGUAAGAUCGGGACUUUCUUCACAACCAGCAACAGCGUUGGCCUGGAGGUCGAGGUCCUGGCCAAGAACGCUCGCCGAGGGGGCCGGCUCCUCCAGUCCCUGAACCCGGAGGAUCGAGCUUCUGCCAUUAUGACUCUGGCUGAACUUCUGGAAACGAGGCAGGCAGACAUCUUGGUUGCCAACCAGAGGGACCUCGAGGAAGCUGAAAAGACGGGCCUUUCCGCAGCCCUGAAGUCACGCCUGCGUCUGACGCCAGCCAAGCUUAACAGCCUCGCCGAUGGCUUGCGUCAGAUCGCCAGUGAUUCCCACGACAUGGUGGGCCGCGUCCUCUCGAAGACCCUCAUCGCCGAAGGCAUUGAGCUCCGCAAGGUGACGGUUCCCAUCGGCGUUCUGCUCGUGAUCUUCGAGUCCCGCCCCGACUGCCUCCCCCAGGUGGCGGCCUUGGCCAUGGCGACGGGCAACGGACUGCUCCUCAAGGGCGGCAAGGAGGCUGCGCACAGCAACCAGGCCCUGAUAGAGCUGGUGAAGGAAGCCCUGGGAACCGUCGGCGUUGCAGGGGCUAUAUCCAUGGUGACGAAGCGCGAUGACAUCUCAGACUUGCUGCAGCUGGAGGAGUUCAUCGACCUUGUCAUCCCACGCGGAUCCUCUGACCUCGUCCGCACCAUUCAGGAGCAGUCGCAGUCCAUCCCGGUCCUCGGUCACGCCGAAGGAAUCUGCCACGUCUACAUCGACAAGGAUGCCGACCUAGAGAAGGCUGUGAAGAUAGUUCGCGACGCCAAGUGCGACUAUCCCUCCGCCUGCAACGCCAUGGAGACGCUGCUCAUUCACGAGGAGAUCUUCAAGAACUCGGACCUGUUUACCAGCGUGUGUCAGGCGUUGCAACGGGAGGGUGUCCAGAUCAACGCCGGGCCAAGGCUCUCUAAAAUGCUCACCUUCGGCCCGCCCGUCGCCAAGUCCUUCAAGGUUGAAUUCAGCGACCUGGAGUGCAUCAUCGAGCUGGUGUCGGAUAUGGACGAGGCGAUCAACCACAUCCACCGCUUCGGCUCCUCGCACACGGACGUCAUCGUCACCGAGGACGAGGCGGCCGCCGACCGCUUCCUCAACUCCGUCGACUCCGCCUGCGUCUUCCACAAUGUCUCGUCCCGCUUCGCCGACGGCUAUCGCCUCGGGCUCGGCGCCGAGGUGGGCAUCAGCACCGCCCGCAUCCACGCCCGCGGCCCCGUCGGGAUGGAGGGUCUCCUCACAACCAAGUGGAUCCUCAAGGGUAACUACGGGGUGGCCUCUGAAUUCACCGAGGGUCGUAGGAACUUCAUCCACAAGAAACUCCCAGUCGAGACCGACUUCGAUCUCGGCAGCAUCCACGUCGAGCACGAGAGCGCCCAGCAGUGACACCCAAUUAUCGUGGAUAAUUCAGCGUCCAGCCUCUCCGAGGCCUUGCGAGAUUGCUCUCCUGCAAUCAGAGGCGAGAGCAACCUGAAACCAAGCACAACUUCAGCUCAGCCUCCCGUGGCCGGAGGUUGUGGUCACAGCGAGUCUCAGUUGCAUCCUUGCGACGGCGACGAGCCCGGGGGCGAAUCCCCAACGACCAGACGAGGCCUCGGAGCCAUACCAGACUGCGAGGUCCGGAGCCAGACCGAGGACGAUCUUAGGGCCAUUUCGGUCUCACUCACGCCAACCAAUGACAACGUGUCGCUGAUGGACAAGCCUCUCAGUCCUAUCCAUCAGUGGCUUGCUGUUCCCGAACACAUCUUCCAUGAUUCUGUUUUAUUAAAGCGCUUUAUUUAUUCAUAAUGAGAAUGGUGAAAACGGGGAAUAUAAAAAAACAUUACGAAGAAAAAAACGCUAUAACCUAAAA